UUUUAUAAUUUGCUGAUCUUAUUGAUUACAUUAUGUUGUGUUUUCAUCUGUUUUAUUGUAUGUGUUACGUUGUUAGAUCUCGCUCUAUUGUAGAAAAUAACAACUCGUAGAAGUAUAUGAGGACGAAAAAAUUCUACUAUUGUGUUUGGUAUACGGAUCUCCUCUACUGAUGGUUAUUAGUGAUCCUCUAUGAGAAAUUAAUGAAUUGUUAUUUUCUGAUAGAAGGAUAAGAGUUGUAUAAGAGUUGGGGAAGUUUUGAUAGUUUUCACAAGUUGUGGAGUAUUCAUGCAAUUAAAAAAAAAUUACAACAUAAAAAUCCAAAUGGCUUGUCCAAAUAAAUUUUUUUAACUUCAAAUCAACCUGAUUUCAAACUACUGAUUUGAAAUCAUGUCCACACAGACCCUUAGAUCUCAGAUAUUGACCCUUUUUUGGGGGAAGGGGGUUACCAGUAGAAGCUAGAGAGUGUAUCUUAAGGGUUUACAGAAAUACUGUAUAUAUGUAUAAACUCUGUAUAUGUAUUUGAAAAAUCCACUAACUUUUAAUUCAGUUAUUACUGUAUAUUAACUCAAAAUUGCUGAAGGGACCCAUAAACUUUAAAUCUUUGAUCUGCCUUUGAGGGAUAUAUGUAUUUUUUAUUGGUGUGGUUUGCUAAGUUAAUGACAAGUAGCGUUCAGCCGCCUAGCUAGGUUGGUUUAGAACUGUUUAAUAUGUGCUUAAUAGGCAAAUUUUGUGCAACACCAACUAUUCAAUAGACGCCAUGCCAAUAUGAGGUACCUAAGUGAAUGUGUUUGGAAGUUCAGGGCCGUCUAUUUAUUUGGUUGAAAAAUAAAAUGAAGUACUCCCUAUGUCAUUUAUAUGAUACACUUUCCUUUUUAGUCCGUCCCAAAAAGAAUGAAAUUAACUUUAAACUUGUACAUCAUCUACAAUGCCCAUGCCCAUGUAUUAGUUCUACUAGACGGGUGUAGCCCCUGCACUUUCAACUUUCAACUUAACCGGACGUCUUCGAAGAGCCGAUCAUUGUGCAGGACCAUUUUUGUCAUUUCCUCUCGUAAUGAUUAUCAGCAGUGACCGGAUAUGUCUACGUCACUGUCUCUACUAAGAAAGUAUAUAUAAAGAGCCCUCCGUACUAUUUCUCUUCUCUUUCAUCCUAAUAGCUUCCUUGGUAUAUAUUGAUCGAUUCAAGCAUCUCUGGUAAGCCCUUCGAACUUAGCUCCCUUUUAAUUUAAUUACGAGGAGUUUGAUCUGUUAAUUAUGAGGUCUACUUUUGAGUAGAAGAAUAGCACCUGCAAAAUUUGUUGUGUCAAGACCAGAUCUCGUUGUGUUGUGUUUUCAUCUGUUUUGAUCUAUACUAUCGUUAGAUCUCGCUUUAAUGUAGAAAAUAACAACCGGUAGAAGAAUAUACAACAACGACAUACCCAGUGUAUUCCCACAAACUGGUAGAAGAAUCUGAGGGCAAAAAUCUAUAUGAUCGGUCGGAAAUUGGCUCGCCGGAAAAAUGUUUCCGGCGGACUUCUCAUCGGAAAUACAUGACGAGCCAAUUUCCAGUUUAUGUUUAUUUUAUAGUAUUGUGUUAUUUAUAACUAUAAAUCUCAUGUGUUAGUACUUACUAUAUAGUGCUCCUCCGUACCAAUUUAUGUGGCACCAUUUGACUUGACAUGGAGUUUAAGAUAGAAAGGACGACUUAAUUUGUGGACCAAAAUAAUUCUUAGAUAUUUGUGUGGCUGUAAAUUAUCUCAUGAAGUUUAAAUUGCUUCUUGAUAUAGGAAGGUGACAUUAUUUUUGGGACAAACCAAAAAAGAAAGUGUGCCACAUAAAUCGGGACAGAGGGACUGGAUUAUUUUUGAAGAAACAAUAAAACAAGAGGGUUUAUACAUAUUUGCUGAUAGAGAUCACAAAAACAAUGUCAAAUUCUUUCAACACCUUUCCUCUCGAGCUGAAAGUACACUGCAAGGAUUGUGGACUGGAACUGAAAAAAGAUCUGCUAAAGUUUAAGGGGGUUCAUUCAGUAAAAAUUGAUCAAAAACUUAGUAAAGUUGUCAUCUCUGGCAAAGUAGACCCUGUAGAAAUCCUAAGCAAGUUUGAAAAGUGUGGGAGAGAAGCAGAGCUCUGGCCAUGUGAACAAUUAAGACGGAAUGAUCCGUUCAACGAUCCGGACAUUAUGGCGGAACUGGAGCAGCUCUCUGAUAUCUCAGGAUUGCAUUCUGUGGAGGUGACUAAAACCACUAAGAUAACUUUCCAAGGACAAUCAACAAGUAAUAACCCCGGGGUUACUCAAUCGGAAGUGCUUCCACAUGGUGCUGGUGGUGGUGGUCGACUUUGUUCUGCUUCUUCGUCAUGCUGUGGUUGCCAUGGUGGUAAUACUAGUUUCUGUUCUUGUUGUGCGAAUAAUAGAAACAACUAUUCUUACCAUAAUGUACCGGUUACACAAUCAGAAGUGCUUCCACAUGGUGGUGGAUUUUGUUCUGCUUCUUCGUCAUGUUGUGGUGGUCAUGGUGGUGAUUAUACUAGUUCUGGUUCUUCUUGUGCGAAUAGCAGAAACAACUAUUCUUACAGUUGCCCGCGGCCGCAGCCAAGAGGGUACAUUCCUGAUCCACCUGUGGUACCACCACGCUCAGGCAAUCGUCCUAUUCCAUCAGCCCCUCUUAUGCCACCUGACCAUUUUCAUCAGUCACUACCCUCACCACCUGCACCCUCGUGUACCUCCUUCAUAUUAAAGUGUCUUAAGGGAUGAGAAUGCGAAUGGCUGCAUAAUCCUAUGCUCUCUGUGUGUGUGCGCGUGUGUAUGUUUCAUGUUAUACUAUGUGGUAGAAGUCCAGUUUUUAACCCAAAAAAAAAAAAAAUUAUCAAGGGGUAGAGGAAAUACAGAAAAGUGUAGCAGUAGUAGUUCAUGUAAAAUCUGUGCUGUUGUCAGUACUCCUAUUGUAAAGUGCUUUUCCUUUUCAACGAUUGUAAAGUGUGCAUAUUGUGUGAUUUCUAAAAAAAAAAAAAAUUUUGCUCGUUGUGUGAA